AGGUUUCCGAGCGGGGGUCGCGGUGCUCGGCGGCCUUUCCGGAGAUUGCCGAGGGGCUCCGGCCCCUCCCCAGCCGCCGCCGAGCCCGUGACCGAGGCGCUCCGGUGGGUCGGAGCCCGGCGCUCCCGCUGCUGCUCCGGUCGCGGCGCGGGGCUUGCCGCCCUCCCCCUCCUCCUUGUGCCGCUCCUGCUCCUCCGGCAGCGCCGGGCGCCGCGGUGACAGAGCGGGGCGAUCGCGGCGGGGGGCGGCCGGGGCUCCGGCGGCGCGGAUGGCGGAGGGCGGCCAGCCCCCGCAGCAGCAGCAGCAGCCACAGCCGCAGCUCCUGGCCGGCGGCGGCGCGGGGUCCGCCCGCGGCGUGAAGCGAGAGCCGGAGCUGGAGCAGCCCAUGCCCGGCGGGGACGGCGCCGAGGGCGGCCACAGCAAGCGGCUGCGGACGGAGGCGGAGGCCGACGGCGGCGGCAUGCAGAACGAGCCUCUGACUUCAGGUUAUCAUGGAUAUCCAGCAAGAGACAAUCAAGGUAACCAGGAGCCAGCAGCAACUCCUGAUGCAAUGGUGCAGCCAUUCACCACAAUCCCAUUUCCGCCACCCCCACAGAAUGGGAUUCCCACAGAGUACGGGGUGCCACACACUCAGGACUAUGCAGGCCAGACCAGCGAGCACAAUCUGACACUCUACGGAAGCACGCAGCCGCACGGAGAGCAGAGCACGAACACGGCCAGCACGCAGAACGGAUCUCUUGCAACAGAAGGAGGGGCACAGACAGAUGGACAGCAAUCACAGACGCAGAGCAGCGAGAAUACUGAGAGCAAAUCCACUCCAAAACGACUUCAUGUGUCUAACAUUCCCUUCCGCUUCCGAGAUCCUGACCUUCGGCAGAUGUUUGGGCAAUUCGGCAAAAUCCUUGAUGUAGAGAUAAUCUUUAAUGAGCGUGGCUCGAAGGGAUUCGGGUUCGUAACUUUCGAGAAUAGUGCUGAUGCAGACAGGGCCAGGGAGAAAUUACACGGCACCGUGGUAGAGGGCCGUAAAAUCGAGGUUAACAACGCCACUGCCCGAGUGAUGACCAAUAAGAAGAUGGUCACACCUUACGCAAAUGGUUGGAAGUUGAGUCCUGUGGUUGGAGCGGUGUACGGCCCUGAGUUAUAUGCAGCGUCCAGCUUUCAAGCAGAUGUCUCGCUCGGCAAUGACGCCGCAGUGCCCCUCUCAGGAAGGGGGGGUAUUAACACUUACAUUCCUUUAAUCAUUCCAGGCUUCCCCUAUCCAACUGCAGCCACCACAGCAGCCGCAUUUCGGGGCGCCCAUCUGAGGGGCCGAGGAAGGACAGUGUAUGGGGCAGUCCGGGCGGUACCUCCCACGGCCAUCCCUGCCUACCCAGGUGUGGUUUACCAGGACGGAUUUUACGGUGCUGACCUCUAUUUGACUGAAGAAAUGUUAACAUCCCGCUCUAAAUCUCUCAGUGGAGUCUCUGUUCCCUUCUCUGAUAUAACAGAUGGGGUGGAUACGCAGCCUACAGAUAUGCACAGCCUGCUACUGCAACAGCAGCCACGGCCGCUGCAGCCGCUGCAGCAGCUUACAGCGAUGGUUAUGGCAGGGUGUACACAGCAGAUCCUUACCAUGCCCUUGCCCCUGCCGCUAGCUACGGAGUUGGCGCUGUGGCGAGUUUAUACCGAGGUGGCUACAGCCGAUUUGCCCCUUACUGAAGUGACGUGAGCCCCCUGCAAGUGGGACAGCCCCCCAAGUCAUGAGGCCUGGCUAUUGCAAUAUUUACUAGUAGAGGAACUCUAUAGCAAGUUGAGGAGGAAAAACAAAAAAACAAAAGAGAAAAUACUUUUUUAUACCUCACUAUGUUCUUUGAAUAUGUAUUUUUUUUCCUUUAAAUUUCUGCCUUUAAUUCUUUUGUUCCAAAGAUUGUGCUUUUUUUUUUUGUUUUGUGUUUUUUUUUUUCUUUUUUUCUUUUUUUUUUUUUAAACUGUGGUAAAAAUAAUGCAUUUCCGUGUCUGUAUGUUGGUGCAUAGCUUAUCCUACCAAUCACGGAAAAGGCAAUUAGUGAUAAGGAAAGCGGUUAGAAACUGAUAUCAUGCAAUUAAUCAGGAACACGCAGACAGAGUUACUUCCCUGGUCUGGUGCUUGGUGCCUGUGAGACAGAAGGACGUGAGGGAGAAGUCUCCACCUGCCGUGUUUCUGGUCUGCAGAAGGAAGCACUCUUUGGCUGCGGCUGGGACCUAAAUGCUGGUGGGAAAUAGUCAUUUACAUUUGGAAAUGGGGGAAAUGCAGAGACUUUCCUCGUUCCUGCCAUCAUCUGACGUGCACAGGUUUGGGACAGCUUCAGCAGUGUCAGAAUUUUAGACUUCACAAGAGAAGAGUCCCUCAACCUGCUCUAAGACUUCUGCUGUUAUCUGCUGUAUAGGGGACAAGACUUUGGAAGAAGUUUUUGAUGAGGAUGACCUUUCCCCCACACACAGAACUUUUACUAGCUGAUCAUUGUCCAUUGCUGGUGGCUAUAAUUAUCUUAGUUUUCAUUCCUCCUUUUCAAGAUCUUUCUCCCUUGCUGUCCCGUUCCUCGAGAAGUGGCAGAUGCAGUGCAGGAUCAGGCAGAGUACCUCUGCUGCAGACAGCAAGUGGUUAAACUUGCAGAGGUGAAGCACGUGCAGCCUUGCAGAGGAAGAAAUUUAGCAGAAGAGUCGAGCAUGGCAGAUGCUCUGAGGCCCAGCGUGCAAGGUCUCUGCUCCUGUUCAUCCUGAGCUACUUAGGUGCUUCUGCAAGUAAUCUAUUUCAAACAACAUGAGUAAGGUAAAAACAGUCAUGUAUAAGCUACUUGAGGUGAGGGACAAGCAUGUGGGUUUGUGUGGGGGAAGAGGAUCUUUUAUAUCUAAAUGUGAUCCUGAAGUGGUUUUGUUUCUGGCAGAAGCAGUUUGUGCAAGCUCUGAGUUCAUAGGAACUUCCUACCACAAGCUAUGUCAGGCCCUUACAUAGCUGCAUUGGAGCCCCUGGGUUUGUUUUGCCCAGCCUCUCGUAGAAAGUUGUGCACCUGGUCUGCUGAGUCCAUAUAGACACUACAUAUUAGAAGAAGCUUAGAGACUAUUUAGCAGAAGGCUCCACAACUCCCAAGACCAUCUCCCUUCUGCUCCCACAUACAUCAAAUUCGCUGUGUUUCAAAGAUAGCACAUUUAGAUGACAGAGCUGUGGUGUGAUGGGGAGUUGCUGCUCUCCAGACCUCCCUGCUCAGCUGCUGGCUCUUGGAGUGCUCCCGGUAACCCCAGUGGUUAGAGGCAGGGCUCACCACCUGGUAGAGAGGUGCAUAACCCUAAUUUUAUUAGGCUGCCUCGACUCCAUCAGUUGGUGCUGGGGUGAGCCACUGCCCCCAGAAGGGCGGCUUGGAGUAUGGGUUUGUUGGUGAAGCCUUUCCAACUCCUGUUGUACACGUGCUUCUCCAUCCACCACUGAUACAGAAUAGGAAACUUCCUGCAUUUAACACUAAGCAACGUCACCAAGUGGAGGUUCCGAACGCUCCUGGGGAGGUGUCCUGGCCCAGCCACACGCAACCACACAUGUUUUUAGCUCUUCCUCAGUGACACAUGGAGCCUCUCUGUGCACAGCACCUCUAAUGGGAAGAAUGGGGAAGCCAUUAGUUAAGCUAGAGAUGCUGAAGCAAUUGAUUCUAUGGAGGAAUAGACAGAUAAAGAGGACACCAAACUGCCAGCCUGUUGGCCACUUUUUUUUCUGGUUUUAUUGUUGUUUUUUUUUACUUUUUUUUCCCCCAAGCCAAAGUUUGGUUUGUUGCUGUUAUGACAAUUUUUUUGUUGUUUGUAUAUAAAUAUUUUAGCUUGAAAAUGGGGAGGGGGGGGAACAGGGUGUUGGGGCUUUCACAAAAUCUAGGAAAUGAGAGGGACUCGGAGUGUUUGGGGGCUUUUACUGCCUGAGUUGGGGUAGAAGAGGGAGGACUUGUGGUACAAAUAGUUAUUUUCAAGGGGAGCCAUUUCUACUGAAGGGUAGCCGGGGUACUUGAGGAGCUGGGAUGCAGCAAAAGCCUCUACUGGACUUGUUCUACCGCUGUAAAUGGAGGGCCUGAGUGAGGCCAUCCCUUCCCAUGCCCCCAGGCAGUUCCUCAGGCAGCAGGUCUGCAGGCUGUGGGCAGAGGAGCGCAGCUUGCAGAGCACCCCUGGGGGCGCUGCCCCCCUCCCCACUGCCCCUCUCCUGCGUUCAGUUCAGCUGGUUCUGACUGCGGCUCCUGAAAAGCUGGGUUCUCCCUCCCUGAGUGCCCUCCCCUGCCCCGGCAGUGCUGCCUGCAAUCCCCGCCUGCCACUUGGCCUCUCUGGAAGUAGGGAGGCCAGCCCCAUUUCUGCCUCCGAGCAGAGUCUAUGCAUGGCAGCUUCAGCCCGCCCGAGUAUAUUUUAGGAAUGUGAGGGGGUUAGUGCAGAAGCACCCAACCUUUGUGGGGCUGUGGUCCCCUGAUCUCCGAGUAAUACCUGCUCUAAGACCAUCCAGCCUGAUUCCUCUUGUACCUGAGCCUGGUCUGCUCUGGUCACUCCCUGCCAGGAUCCUCUGGUGUGUUAACCAGCCAGUGUCUCCAUGACUCCAUAGUUAGUGCUGCCAGAUCCCUGCUAAGGGAGCUUGCUGAUAGCCCAGCUUCCUGCUCUCAGCAGUGAGCUGCAGAGGGGACACUGGGACACUUGCAUGGCUGGGGGCCAGAAGUAGCUCACUGGUUCUAGGUGUCCGGAGCACCGGACCUCCCAAAAACUUGCAUGCCAGCUGGAAUUUUGCAGCAAGGUUUCUCGAAGGAGUGUUGUGCCAUGACAGGAGAGCUCUUCAGCCUUUCUUCCCUGUUGGCGAACAACAGCUCUGUUUUCGCUCUGAUGUGUUAUAAACUGGCUAGAGAUGCUUUCAGAGUAGCCAAGCUGUGGCUAUAUCCAUCUUCUGAAGAAGUGAGGACAAAGCCUAUAUCUCCCUAUGCAAAAUGAAUUACGUUUAAUAAAUUAAACUGGGCCCUGGCUUAUUUGAAUGAUGGCAGCUAGUGCUUGCCCCUGUGAUGGGUCUGCAAUCACAGGUCCCUUGCAAAGCAGGGUUUGGCUUUCUGAGGGAAACCACACAGGCAGCAUGGCAAAUAGCUUGCUGUUUGUCACCUUCUAGUCUGGUGGCAUCUGGGAUUCCUCUUGAUGCAGAAUAAAAAUGUUUCUUUAAGUGUAGCUGUUUGUACUGUCUUGCAAUAGGUCUGGCCAGCACAUGAUGAUAUACUGAUAAAAUUUUGGUUUGAAGAGUUGAUUUAUUUAAUGUGCUGGUCUGUAUUUCAUUGUGGGUACAGUUGUGCUGGUACAAAGAUGACUUCUACUAGUAUAGCAUAUUCUCAACUGGGAAUAAGUUGUAUUGGUGCCCAGCACAUUAGCAAACUGUUAUCCCUGUCCCCACGUUUGGGAGGCUGCUCUGUUGUAGGUGGGUUAGCUUUUCUAAGAAAAGCCAUGACAGGACCUGGAGGCAAUGGGGAGCUCAGUAUGAGCCUGCUAUAGCCAGCUUUUCCCAGGUUAAGCAGUUAUGUGGAUCUUGUGUCAUGAGUUCAGAUAGACAAAGCCAUGUUUAAAGAUAGCUGUGGCUUGGCUGUUUCAGUGCCUGAGAGGGAGCAGACUUGCCCAGCAAGAAAGAGUGACAGCUCUGGAGUCUGAGACCUGUGUUUUGGGCAGGGCUCUGUCAGUGAUCCUCAAGGGCCACCGUGGAGCAGUUGUGUUGCUACGUUAGACUUCGCUUCCCCGUCCCUAAAGUGAAGUUGAAGUUUACCCCCUGUUCUUACCUGUUUUGAGACAUCUGUGGAUGUGAAGUGCACAGCAAGAGCUGAGGAGGUUUUUCUGAAUAGCUGGCUCAAGUGCUAGUUGUGGAAUGGUUAAUGAAGCCAUUUCCCUGCCUGAAAAGAGACACUGGCUGCUGGACUUUCAAUUCCAGCACCCAGAGCUCCAUCAGCGGGAAAUACAAAGCAGAGCCUCCCAGUUCUACCCAUGUUUUUCCCUAGCCCAUCCCUAUCUGUAUCUUCCUAUCCUGGCUGUGAAGAUGGAGGCAAGUGGAGAACAGGUUUGGGGAGCACUUAGGAAUUUAAUAAAGGGAAACUCAAACAACAGCUCUGGGGAGCGCUUUUGCUGAGUCUAGCUCCAAAGGGAAAGCGCACAGGCAGCAUGGCAGAAGACCUGCUGCCUGUGACCCUCCAGCCUGGCAGGGUGGGGGAAUGCUGUCCUUGGUGCAGAGGGGUGAUUUUUAAAGUGUUUUACCUGUUUGCACUGUUUUAAAAUAGGAGGGGGGGGAAAACCAACAUAGUGAACAAGAAAAACAUCCAAUGUAAACUUCUUUGUGUUUUUAUUUUUGACAUGCUCUUGGAUAAUGUCAAACAUUUUGUAGUAUACACCAGUGAGACUUGAUUCUUUGUUGCAUAAAACACUAUUUUUUGUGAUGUUAAUGUCUGAAAAGCCCGUUCCCUCCACCCCCACCUUACUGAUUGCCCUCUCCGCCCUGCAACCCCAGUAAACUUCUCUUCCACAAUGAAAACUCCAGUCAACAAGGCAAGCAGGAGUCUGAUAGCAAGAGCAUGAAAUGGGGCCCUUUACAAGUAGGCUCUGGGGUUUAUCCCUGGUAUGCUUCGCUCUAGCCAGGAGUUGUCAGGAUAGCCCCUGUCCCUCUGCAGUGCCUGCAUCGAUGGCAGCCUAAAUGGGUCUUGGGAUGUCCAAGUCCCAUCUCUGUUGCCACUGCUGACCCUGGAAGGCAACUUCUUGCCAGCGGCUGCCAGUGCUGCCAGUGGUUGUCCUCUCCAGGUAUCGGGCUGCAGCUGGUCCAGGCUUGUGCAGGAGACAAGCUUCCCAUGCUGCCUCUCAGCUCAUGGUAGAGCAAGAACACAUCAGCCAAAAAUCUUGCCUGAUUUCACCAGGAGAUCGCUGGUGUCUAAAGCCGUCCACCCAGAUACUCAUUUGGCUGGCAGUCAGCAAAAUGCUGGUUAAUCUUGGGAAUGCUUUUUUAUUCUUUUUUGUUGUUAUUCCGAAGUGGGUCAAGAAAUCUCUUACCAGAUUCCCAGUUCUCUGCUGGUGGAGGGGCUUGUUGAUUCCCCACAGAGUAAAUUAGAGAAAUCAGGCCUCCCGCGUUAGCAGUCUCAGUUCUGGUCAUGUUUUUCUAUUUUUUCUGUUCACAGUAUUUUGUGUGUGCUGCGUGUGUUGUAGUUUUGGCAGCUCAGUUUGGCUGCAUUAUCAAGUGACGAAAUCAUCCUCUUUUACCCCAGGGGAUAUGAUUUGGUUUCGGUUGUUUGUUGUUUUUUUUUUUUUUUUUUUUUUUUAUGGGGUUUUUUUUUGUUUGUUUGUUUGUUUUUUGAAUUAUUUUUUUAAUAUGAUAAAUCCUGCUUGUAAAUAGCUGGAGCUAAAACCUGGGGCUGAUAGCAAAUGAGAACCAGGGCUAUAGAGUGAUACGGAGCUGGUGGAGUAUUUUACUGACCUCACAGGCUGAUCUACUUGAGACUUGCAGAUUUUCAGUGCAAGGCUGAGACGCCGCAGCACCUCCAAUGGCAGCGACAGACUUGCCCCUUCUUGCAGUCUCCCCAGCACCUCCCAUUGCCAGGUACCGCCGGGGAACAGGACGUGUCCCAGGUGGGAUGCGUUCCCUUCCCCUGGAUCAUUUCCUAGGACGCCCAAGCCGCUUGCCCAGGGUCCCAUUUCCCUGCUGACUCUGGAGAAGCAGUAUCUGCAUCCCAGGGCUUCGUGACAGCCUCUAACUUCCCGCCCUCCCUCGUUAAGUAUCAUAUUGUAUAGUAGCUUUCAGACCAUACAGUAUUCAUUGGGUUAUUCCUAUUAUUAUCAAGUAGCUGGAAUUGUGAAGGUUGGAGUAGUUAGAUCUUUAGCUUUUAUUCCUUUUUUUUGUAUUACUAUCCAUGUGUAUAAAUUAUUGAUCAUGUUGCUGGCUUUUAUAAACUCUAAGCAAGGGGGGAAACCCUUCCUAACCCUUUGCAAAUGGUAAUGAAGCACUGUUUUUAAAUAAAAGAGAGAAACACCA